AGCUCUUCUAUACCUCUCCUUCAGCUUCUUUAGAAUAACAUUCAAAAGAUCUCCAUCUUCCUCUAUCACUCAAGAAAUGGGCUCACCACCUUCUGGCUUUCUGAAACAAAAUAACAUUUUAGUCUUUGGAUUUCUCAUGAUUUUGGUCUUGUGCUGUAUACCAGAUAAAAGCAAACGCAACCCCUCUUUUGCUAGAACUCCACCCCAUUCAAGUUCCUCUAAGGUUUUCUUAUCAUUGAGAAAACUAAACCUAGAUGGCUACUUCAGUUUUGAGAACUUACACCAUGCAGCCGAGGACUUUGGUAACAGAUACCAUUUCCUCCCAUCAGCAGUUCUACAUCCAAAGGCGGUUUCUGAUAUUUCUUCCACAAUAAAGCAUAUCUUUGAUAUGGGCUCCACAACAAAUCUAAAAGUUGCAGCUAGAGGCCACGGUCACUCCCUUCAAGGUCAAGCACAGGCUCAUCAAGGAGUUGUUAUCAACAUGGAAUCACUUCAACAACCAAAGAUGCAUGUUCACGCUGGGCAGCUGCCUUAUGUGGAUGUUUCGGGUGGUGAGUUGUGGAUUAAUAUCCUAUACGAGACUAUUAAAUAUGGGCUUGCACCUAAGUCAUGGACAGAUUACCUUCAUCUGACUGUGGGAGGUACUUUAUCAAAUGCUGGAAUUAGUGGUCAGGCAUUCCGGUAUGGACCCCAGAUCCAUAAUGUUUACCAGAUGGAGGUUGUAACAGGGAAGGGAGAAGUGCUCACCUGUUCAGAGAAGCAGAAUCCUGACCUUUUCUAUGGUGUUCUCGGUGGCCUUGGGCAGUUUGGCAUCAUAACCCGAGCUAGAAUUUCUCUUGGACCAGCGCAAAAGAAGGUUAAGUGGAUCAGGGUGCUUUACUCAGAAUUCUCCACAUUUUCUGAUGACCAAGAGCAUUUGAUAUCAUCCAUGAAUACAUUUGAUUACAUUGAAGGAUUUGUGAUAAUAAACAGAACAGAGCUCCUCAAUAACUGGAGAUCAUCCUUUGACCCUAAAGACCCAAUUCAAGCCACCCAAUUCAGUUCAGAUGGAAAGAUUCUUUACUGCAUAGAAAUGGCUAAAUACUUUGACCCAGAUGAGACAGAAGUGAACAAGAAAAUUGAGAGAUUAUUGUCAGAGCUGAACUUUAUACCAUCUACACUCUUCCUAUCAGAAGUUUCGUACAUUGAAUUCCUGGAUAGAGUUCACCUCUCUGAGAUAAAACUCCGUGCAAAAGGAUUAUGGGAAGUUCCUCAUCCAUGGUUGAAUCUUCUUAUACCCAAAAGCAGAAUUCUAGACUUUGCUAAGGAAGUCUUUGAAAAUAUUCUUACAGACAAUAGCAAUGGUCCAAUCCUCAUUUACCCCAUCAACAAGUCCAAGUGGAACAAUGAAACAUCUAUGGUUACCCCAGAUGAAGACAUAUUCUACUUGGUGGCCUUCCUAUCCUCAGCACUUCCAUCUUCUGAUGGAAAAGAUGGCUUGGAAGACAUUGUAGCCCAAAACCAACGAAUUCUCGAUUUCUGUGCCAAGGCACGUAUUGGUGGUAAGCAAUAUUUGCCCCAUCACAGCACUCAAGAAGAGUGGGAAGCUCACUUCGGCCCUCAAUGGGAAACAUUUGUACGGAGAAAGUCUGCCUAUGACCCAUUGGCAAUCCUUGCUCCCGGGCAAAGAAUCUUUCAGAAGGCAAUACCAAUCAUGUGAUACUGGCUCUCAUCGAGGGCAAUAUUACAAAAAUGGCAUUUCAGUAGUAAAGAUCAUUACUUCUA